AUGAGGCUCUUGCUGGCAGCUGCGUCCCAGUCAGCAAGGUCGCAAAUCGUCUCCCAAAACUGUCAAGACUAUCCCGGAGGAGAUAACAGGAACACCCUCGAGGCAGUCACCCGUGCUUUCCGGGUUCACCUUGAUCAACAACAGCUGAAACCUAAAUCCCGGCGCUUUCUGCCUGAGUGGGGAAUCAUCCAAUCUGAUUCCGAGCCUAACGAUCAGGACCAAGAAGCAGGCUCAGCAACAGGCUCAGGAAGAGGCCCACUAGAAUCAGUCUCCACUGUUUCCUCAGCAUGCACCAGUGCUUCACCUGAGGCUCCUUACUUUACAGAGGGCUCAAACACCGGCGACCCCUAUAUUCAAUUACCGACACCCCCGCCGGUUACCAGUCCCUCCUGUCGCAGGCCCAUCCAGACCUUAGUAGCAGAAAGCCCCUCACCACUGCCAGUAUGCCAGAGACAAAACAUACCUGAAACACCCCCGGGUGUUCAAGGAGCAUGCGCGACUGUUCCAGAGGCAUCCCUGAGUAUUGGAGAGAUAUCCACAAUCCCUCAAGAGACACCCCUGACACAGCGAUUGCCUUUCAAGAUGACUCAAGCAAGCAAAGCAAAGAUGACUUUGGGUUUACUUAACAUACCCAAAGUCUACAUCCUCAUCUGCAAUAGCCUAAAGACGGAAAUUCAAAAUGUAGGUUGGGUCAAUAAAAACACCUCCGGAUUGGCUGCGUUUAAUGCCCUAUGCCUUUACUCAAUGAACCUGCCCUACCUCAAUAGUUUUCUUCCAUUUUGGACUGGGGUUGACUCUUAUACCCAUGGAGCACUGGCAAGGGCUCUACAGUGGCUCAUCGGAGAUAUUGGCACGAAGGAUAAGUUAUCAAGGGGACAGGGGGACCGUCAGUUCAAAGAUGUUGCCGGUGAUAGUGAUGAUGAUGAUGACGGUGGUGCUCAGACAGCUGGAAGAUGCGCUCGCUAA